UUUCAAUGACACAAGCUCAUGGGUAAACUCCAAUAUGGCCGUACUGAGAGAGGACCAUUAGCAACACUCUCAUGACAAAUAUCACUGCUUAGAGGCGUUACAUUAUUUUUUUUAUAUUUUGAAGCGAACGCCUGUGUCGCGAUGUGGCUGCCACUUCACACAGUCUGUUUACGAAGCCAGACAACCUGCAGAAGAAGCUUCGCCGCUGCGCUUUUAAAACUAUCAAGACACAGGGAUAAUGCUAACGUUUCUCACUUCAGUCAUUCAGCUGGACUUUCUGCACAAACAUGCACGGCACUUCUGUACAGAAAGCACGGAGACCCCUCUCAAGUCAUUCAGUUGGAAGAGGUAGAUCUGCCCCCCAUAGGUGCAAAGAGUGUCCUGGUUAAAAUGCUGGCAGCUCCAAUCAACCCAUCUGACAUUAACAUGAUUCAAGGUACUUAUGCCAUCCUGCCUGAACUCCCAGCUGCUGGGGGCAAUGAAGGGGUGGCCCAGGUCAUAGAGGUGGGCAGCCAGGUGAAAUCCCUCAAAACAGGAGACUGGGUCAUCCCAAGAGAUGCUGGUCUAGGGACAUGGAGAACAGAGGCAGUGCUAGCUGAGGACGAUGUCAUCUCGCUACCGAAUAACAUUCCCUUGUUGUCUGCUGCCACACUCGGGGUAAACCCGUGCACUGCGUUCAGGAUGCUCUCUGACUUUGAGGAUCUUAAGCCAGGUGAUACAGUGAUCCAGAACGCAGCUAACAGCGGAGUUGGGCAGGCGGUCAUACAGAUUGCUGCUGCAAGAGGAUUAAACACUAUCAAUGUCAUCCGAGACAGGCCAGAGUUCACACAGCUCAGUAGCAGGUUGAAGGCUAUCGGAGCAACUCAUGUGAUCAAAGAAGAGACUCUGAGGCGUCCUGAGAUUAAGGAACUGUUCAAGACAUGCCCAAAACCAAAACUGGCAUUAAAUGGAGUCGGAGGCAAGAGUGCAACAGAGCUGCUCCGUCAUCUACAGAUUGGAGGCUCUAUGGUGACAUACGGCGGGAUGGCCAAGCAGCCAGUUACUGUCCCUGUAAGUGCUCUGAUUUUCAAGGAUGUUAAGGUUCGGGGAUUUUGGGUCACGCAGUGGAAGAGAGACCACUCAAACGAUGAAACGGCCUUUAGAGCCAUGCUGGAUGAACUGUGCUCCCUCAUCCAGCAGGGGAAGCUGACAGCUCCUGCCUGCACUGAGGUGGGGCUUCAACACUACAACAAAGCUCUUGAUGCAGCUAUGCAGCCUUUCACUUCAGCUAAACAGGUCCUCAUCAUGUGA